GGGAAAGCUGGUCAACCUGUUUAAGGCACUGUUUCUGCAUCUUUGGAUUUUAUUUAGCAUUCUUCUAAUUGUUUUCUCAGGUUUUUGUUAUAGUAUUAGAAAAAGGAACAUUCUGAAUAUAGAAAAAGGAGCUGAGGAAACAGAAAACACCAUGAAAGAGAAUGAUAUGCAAAUUGAGGAAUUUAGUGUUAAUGAAUUUACUUCACCUCAGUGUGUAAAAAUAGGAGAUAAUAAGCCUUUAGCCUUGCAGAUGAAUGGUGAUGUUGUCAUAGGAGGGAUUUUCCCUUUGCACUAUUUGGUACCUGAGCUUCAGCCCAACUACCAAGACAAACCCCCAAUCACAGUUUGCAAUGGAUUUGAUCAAAGAGCUUUCCGUUGGAUGAUGACUAUGGUGUUUGCUGUUGAGGAAAUAAACAACCAUUCAAGCCUAUUACCAGAUGUUAAACUUGGCUAUCAAAUCUUAGACAGCUGUGACAAUGUCCACAGCAGUUUGCAGGCUCUUUUCUCUUUAAUUAGUUUCCCUGAGUCUGUGACCAGUGGGAACCAAAUAUGGAAAGUGAAAAACACAAUAAAUUUGGCAAAUGAAAAAAUAUCUGGAAGAGAAGGUUUAAAGUCAGAUGACAGGAGACCAAACUUAUCAUUGACACAGGAGGAAUCACCUAGAUGUCUGUCUGGUUCUCCAAUACCUGUUGUCAUUGGUCUUGCAUCCUCCUCCCCAACUAGAGCUGUAGCUCAAGUUCUUGGCUCUUUCAAUAUCCCGCUGGUGAGUUAUUUUGCAACUUGCACCUGUCUUAGUGACAAACGUGUGUAUCCAUCAUUUUUGCGUACUGUGCCAAAUGAUCUUUUUCAAGUCAGAGGUCUUGUACAGCUGGUUACAUUCUUAGGAUGGCUCUGGGUGGGCACAAUAGGGACUAUGGAUGACUACAGUCAGUAUGGAAUACAAGCAUUUUCAAAUCACUUUAGACACAGAGGUGGAUGUGUGGCAUUUCAUCUCACUAUUCCAAAAUCACCAACAGAGGCUGAGAUAGGAGAAAUGGCAAAUAUACUGCAGAUGUCAACUGCACAUGUUGUGGUGGUUUUUGCAACAGAGGGACAGCUAUUUGAUCUGUUUAUAGAACUUACUCGUAGGAAUGUAACAGGUAUUCAGUGGAUAGCCAGUGAAGCCUGGGUAACUGCUAGCCUCCUAACAUUUCCAAACUUCCACAGCCUUUUAGAGGGAACGCUUGGCUUUUCCUUCCUUGGAGUCAGUAUCCCCGGAUUGAAAGAGUUCCUUCUGAAUGUCCGUCCCUCUCCCAAACAAGGAAUGGAAUUCAUCAACAUGUUCUGGGAAGAGCAGUUUGGCUGUCAACUCAGUUAUGAUGGAAACAAAGCUAAUGCAAAUAAGACAGAUCCACUCAAAGGGCCAUCUUACGAUCAUCCUGAUGCUGUAAAAAAUCCUUUGUGUACAGGUUUAGAAGACCUGAGUCUCACAUCAAGUAGUUACACUGAUGUAUCUCAGGUCAGAAUAUCCUACAAUGUGUAUAAGGCUGUAUAUGCCAUUGCCCAUGCUCUACACGCCUUACUUAACUGUGAUUCAGCAGAAAAUGAGGGACGGUGUGAUAAAUACACAAAAUUCACUCAAGGGCAGUUGCUGUACCAUCUGAAGAAAGGGAAUUUCACAAAUCAGUUUCAGGAGAGAGUUUACUUUGAUACUAAAGGAGAGCCAGUCCCUUUAUACGACAUUGUUAACUGGCAGAAGGACAGCAAAGGGAAAAUCAGAUUUGUUAAAGUUGGAGAUUAUGAUGGUUCAGCUCCACAAGCACAACAACUGAGGAUAAAUGAAAGCACUAUUGUAUGGACAGGAGGCUUGUUACAGGUGCCUGUUUCUCAGUGCAGUGCUCCAUGUCCCCCUGGCAGCAGACAGGCCAGACUUCCAGGAAGACCUCAUUGUUGCUUUGAUUGUCUGCCUUGUGCAGAUGGAGAGAUAAGCAACAAGUCAGGCUCCACUGAAUGCAUUAAAUGCCCAGACUCCUACUGGUCCGACAAAGACAAAGUGAAAUGUGUCGCAGGGAUUGAGGAGUUCCUGUCUUUCAGUGAGACCAUGGGAAUCAUCCUGGUUGUACUAACCUUGCUUGGGGUCAUUUUGACAAUCAUCAUUACUGUGAUCUUCCAUUGUUUCCGCACUACCCCUAUUGUGAAGGCCAACAACUCAGAAAUAAGUUUCUUGCUUCUUCUGUCACUUAAGCUAUGUUUUCUCUGUUCCCUGGUGUUUAUUGGCCAACCCUCAGCUUGGACAUGUAUGCUUCGCCAGGCGGCAUUUGGGAUUAGCUUUGUUAUCUGUUUGUCCUGUCUGCUGGUAAAAACUGUUGUGGUGCUUUUGGCUUUUCGAGCUAAUAUACCAAGCUCCAAGGGUCCGAAGCUGUUUGGUCCAUCCCAACAAAGGACUAUGAUAUUCUGCACAACAACUCCUCAGAUUUGUCUGUGUGUUGGUUGGCUUUUGGGGGCACCACCCUUUCCUAUCCGGAAUCUCACAUACCAAGCUUCAUAUGGAAAAAUUAUUUUGGAGUGUAAGGAGCCAUGGCCACUUGGUUUUUACCUACUCCUAAGCUACAUUGGCCUGCUUGCUUUUUUGUGCCUUCUCUUGGCAUUCCUCGGACGAAAGCUGCCAGAUACGUUUAACGAAGCCAAGCUCAUCACCUUCAGUAUGUUGAUUUUCUGGGCAGUGUGGCUCUGUUUUAUCCCAGCUUAUGUUAGUUCACCUGGAAAGUUUUCAGUAGCUGUCGAAAUAUUUGCAAUAUUAGCCUCCAGUUUUGGUCUGUUGUUAUGUAUAUUUCUGCCCAAAUGUUACAUAAUUCUGCUGCAUCCUGAAAGGAAUACAAGAAAAGGUAUGACUGGAAAAUAUAAUAGAUAUACACCAUAGU